AACGACCGGUAUCGGUGGGAUGCCACGCGGGACCGAGCUCUCGGUCGUCGAGCGGGCCUCGAUCUUGGCCAUGCGCGGGAAUGGCAUGAGCGAGCGCAAGAUUGCGCAGGAGAUGGGGCGCUGCGUGAGCUGCAUCCGAGGCUUCCUCGCCCACCCCGAUACGUAUGGUACCAAGAAGCGCAUGGGCCGGCCGCGGCGACUCUCGCCGGACGUCGAGCUGCAGAUCCUCGACGCUGCGUACAAGGACAAUCUCACAGCAGCCGAGAUAAUUGCUCGGCUCAACCUCAACAUUAGCGUGCGCCAGCUGCAGCGGUUGCUCCGGGAGAAGCGGCUCGAGCAGGAGGCCGCCGCCGCCAUCGCGUCGCCGCCGACCGACUCUUUCUUUGCCUCCGACGACGAAGCAUCGGCGAGCUCCAUUGAUGUCUUCUCGUUCAUGCGGCGGCCCUUCGACGAUGACGACGCCUUGUCCUGAAGCCUCCACACCCUCGCUGCCAUCCAUCCUCCUCUCAGCAUCGAGCCCCAUGCACACACAGAUCUAGUGUAGCAUCGAAUCGG